UCGUACCCACGUGAGUUCAGUGCUACACGUGAGUGUGGGGUUUACAGAACAUUUUCCUGCCAACUUUGCUGCUAGGUUGAUAUCACACAGUUACAACCAUGUCGUCUUUUCGAAAAGCCCUGAAGUCCAAACAACGAGACCACAAAGAGAGAUCACAGCUUGGUUUCAGGAAACACUUAGGACUUUUGGAGAAGAAGAAGGAUUACAAACUCCGUGCAAAUGAUUACCACCGGAAACAAAAGACCAUUAUGGCCUUGCGGAAGAAGGCCAUGGAGAAAAACCCAGAUGAAUUCCACUUUAAAAUGAUACACAACCAAUUAAAGGAUGGAGUUCACGUAAUAAAACCGAAGGAGGAAGAAAUGACAGAGGAACAGAAGAAGGUGAUGAGGACCCAGGACAUCAGAUAUGUUGAAAUGAAGAGAGUUUCAGAAAUGAAGAAAAUUGAAAGGUUGAAGUCUGAGCUCCACCUUCUUGAUGUUGACGAAGAAAAGAAAAAUAAACAUGUAUUUUUUUUGGAUUCAAAAAAAGAAGUGGAGGAUUUUGACCUGGCCACACACCUCAACACGGUGCCUGAAUUGGUGGACCGUGCGUAUAACAGACCCACAAUAGAAACCUUAGAAAACAAGAGCAUUUUGGGAGUAGUGGAGCCAGAAAGGCUAAAGAAACUAGCUAAACAGAGGAAAAAUCAGUACGAGGAGCUUUCACAGCGUAUUGACCGAGAAAAGAAGAUGUUUGUCAUUAGUCAAAAGAUCCAGACUAGGAAAGAUCUUCAGGACAAGGUUAAGAAAGUGAAAGUUCGUAAAGAGACCAGCACUGCUCCUGCCAUCUAUAAAUUUGAGGCCAGGAGGAAAAGAUGAUGGCUAAUGUCUUAAAAUCUAUACACUAAAGAUGCUUUCAUUCAGCUACUCCUUGUAUCUCCAGCCAAAUUCUACAAACUUCGUUGUUAUUGCUGUGAAAUGGGGGGGAAAACUUAACUGAUGACAGCUGCUGGUUGUCUCAACAGUUUGUACAUAUGUAUUGCAAUUUUUAGUUAAAUGCUUUGAAAUAAAAAAUUGUCUUAAGUUUUGUUGUAGAUUCUUGACAGUAUCAGUAGAUGGCACUAGCAUAUCUGAUCAAAUUUACAUCCACAUGGCAAAAUGAACAACACUGUCUUCUCUGGAUGAUGAACUGAUACAACUUCACCAUUCAGUUGCAUCUGUUGAUUAAGAGAAACUGUUGGAUCUUUUAUCCCACGGUCUUGCAAAACCUGGAAAUGCCAGGUAAUUUUAAAUGGUUAUUUCUAGAUCUGGAAAAAUCAUGAAAAGGAAUAAAAUCAUAUAAAAUUAUGGCAAUUUCUGUUGUGAAUGAAAAUGUUUCUAUUUAGAUUAUAUUAUCUUGUCUAAUAUAACUGGCUAGAAAUUGCUCUGUGAAUGCAAUCUCUAUAAAAUGGUUUUAAAAUCCUUAUCCAGUAAUCACAAAUGACUAAAAGAUGUGGAAAUAUAAUGAUGAGAAGGUGUGAACACAGAUCUUAAUAUUGCCCAUCAUAUUGAACAUGAAUAGUUUAUAGUUGUGGAUUAUUCACAUAUCAUUGUCAAAAGAAAAGACCAUAGCACACUGACGUGCUUGUAGUGUGCUGUCACAGACACAAUUA